UACGCACCGGACAGUCAGCUCUACCCUCGAGACCCUAAAAAGCGAGCUCUGGUCGACCGGUCCCUCAACAUCGAUAUGGGUUUGGGCCCACAAAUUGGGGAAAUUAUGAGGGCUAAAAUGUUUGCUGGAGUGGAUCCGCCUGAAGAUAAAGUGACAAACUUGAAGAAUAAUCUGAAGGUUUUGGACCAAAUCAUUGGUGCAAAUCAUUACGUGACGGGGAAUCAGUUGACAAUCGCUGACCUGUCACUGUUAGCCACCGGCACAUACCUGGAUUGGGCGGAACUGGAUAUAAGCGAAUUCACGAACUAUAAGCGCUGGUAUACCACUGUUCAGAAGGAAUUGCCGUAUUUCGAUGAAAUCAAUACCUUCUCGAAGGAGGAACGGGAGGCUUUGGUCGAGAAGGCUAGAGCCAGAUAUGCCCCCAAAAAGUAAACUUAUUAUAUCAAAUGAAUUCCAGAUAUUAAAUGUAAUAUUAUAUAUUAAUUUUUGCUUUAAUAUUUAAAUAAAAUGAGUUUUAUUAUGC